ACGUCAACCUGUCAACAUGCCUCUGGGUAUAGACAGAAGUCACUUUUAUGCUGACAAAAUCAAACAUUAUGAAAAGGACAUGCGGACUAAGGACGAGCGAAUAUCAACACUGGAAACUGAAAAUGCCAUGCUUUAUCUCAAGUUGGCUCAACUUAGAGGAACACUUCAGAAGAGUAGGGAGGACAUGUCUGGCCUACAGAACCAGUUUGACUCGGAACAAAAGUUCAGGAAAACCAUCGCUCAAUCUGCAGCAAAAUUGAAACAAGACCUUUAUCGACUUCGAGAAGACUUGUCUGAUGUCCACAAGAUUGCCAUAAAGAUGCCUCAGGAUUUUAGUUUGCAGAUUGAUCAUGCUUCAUCAGUGAUCCAUCGUCACCGUCACAUGUUUCAGUCACAAACUUCUAGUCUCUCUGUCCUCCAGGAUAAGAUUGAACAGAUGAGUACAGCACUCCAAGAUAUCACAGAUCGACAUGCAAAGGAGAAAAAACGUCGGCAGGAACUUCAUAAUACACUCAUGGAAUUGAGGGGAAAUAUACGAGUUCACUGUCGACUACGACCAUUGAUGGAGUUUGAUACUGGGUUAGAGGACCCAUCAACACUUGGCAGAGUUGGAACAAAGUCAGAGGUGGUUGUGCAUUAUGUGGAUGAUGAAAAUGCAUGUGUUCGGACAGCAAAACAUAACAAGGUGUUUGAAUUUGAAAGAGUGUAUGAUCCUAAUGAGAGUCAGGAUAAUGUGUUUUAUGAGGUACAACCUAUGUUGACAUCACUAUUGGAUGGGUACAAUAUAUGUAUUAUGGCUUAUGGCCAGACAGGAAGUGGUAAGACUCAUACCAUGCUGGGAAGUCACAAGAAUGAGGAUUACAAUGCCUCUCUGGAGCCUCACCCUGAUGAGGGUGUCAUCCCUCGUGCAGCUAGAGAACUUUUCAGAUUGAUCUCGGAGAAGCCAGAGAGACAUCAUACAAUAGAAGUAUCUGUAGUGGAGAUAUAUAACAACGAUAUCCGUGACCUGCUUGGCAGUGAUGCUAAUAUGAAACAUGAUAUCAGUACAGGGGUAGACAACUCUAUCAACCUACCAACCAUCUCAUUCAAGGAAGUGGAUAAUGUGUAUGAUGUUAUGUGUCUGGUUCAGCGGGGUUUGAAGGCUAGACGCGAGUCUUCCACACUUGUCCAUGACCAUUCCAGUCGGUCUCAUCUAGUGGUCACUUUGACCGUCAACUCCCAGGCUCCUAGCUUCUUCUCUAAACCUUCCACACAGGAUGGGGCAAUGCAACAGACAUCCAGUCGAGAUGCUAGGGGGCGCUCCUUAUCAGUUCCGAUGUCAAUGAUAAGUGGCCCUGGUCCUGUUGCCGAACCUCCUUCCUCUGGUGACAGCCAGGCUGUUAUCAGGACCAAGCUACAGUUGGUGGAUCUUGCUGGCAGUGAAUGUGUUGGGAUGAGUGGUGUGACAGGAGCUGCUCUUAGGGAAGCCUCUCACAUCAAUAAGAGUUUGUCUGCCCUAGCUGAUGUCCUUGGAGCUUUGUCAGAGCACAGAGCUCAUGUUCCAUACAGAAAUAGUCGCCUUACUCAUCUCCUACAGGACUCAAUAGGUGGGGAUGCCAAGUUAUUGGUGCUGCUGUGUGUUUCGCCCUCCCAGCGAUACAUCACAGAGUCUCUUCAGUGUAUGGGAUUUGGUACACGUGCCAGACAGGUUGCACGAGGACCUACUAAACGCCGACUGCCUUCCUCCGCUGAGAAAGUCAGUGCUGAAAAUGCACAACGACCAAGAACAGGAAAAACUUAGCUUGUUUCCUAUCAUAUUUGAAAGUUUUUUGAACACUUUCACACUAUCCUUGGGAUGUUGUUUAAGCUAAGAGGAAAAGAUCUCAGGAUUUUAUUCAAAUUGUUGGUGAAAGCUGUUGUUUACAAGUUUUUAGAAAAGCCAUUCACUUUAGAAAAAGACAGAAUGCAGUCAGACAGCUUUUCUGACUUCAAAGAUAAUGUUAAGAUAACUGCCAUGCUGUUCGAGAUUUAAUUUUUGUUUUUGUUAUUUGUGAGGAGUUAUGAUAUUAAUUUUGUGAAAUUUAAUUUCCAGAUGAAAACAAAAAUGUUUGGAUUAAUUUCACAAUAGUCUUCAAUGAAAUACAAAUGUGAUUCACUUGAAAUCUAAUAUUGAUGAUGGUACUAGAUAAUUGGUAUUCUCUCAGACACUUUAGAAAACAGAAUAAUUUGGAUGUUCUUGACAAAAAAACAUGUUCUCUUUGUUUAAUUAUCUAUUGUGUUCUUGCUCUUUCUACCAAAGCAGAAGUGUUCAGAGUCUAUUUCCUAAAUGAACCGUCCAAAAUCAUAUUGACUGUGAUAUUCUUUUUGUUUCAUGAUUUUAUAUUCAAUAUAUUUAUUUAUGAA